ACGCUCACACCUUAUGACAGAUUUUAGCAGGCCAGAAAGAGCGGGUGUGUCCUUUUUUGUACAGGUGUAGUUGAUCAUCACACAGCUUCUGGCAAAGUUAGCAUUAUCUACAAGAUACAAUGCUGCAAAGCAUCAAGAAUUCAAAAGGGACUCUUCAGUCCCAUGGAAAACCCUAAUUUAGUGCUUAAAAGAAGCCAGGUAACUUUAUCAUGACCGUGUUUUCAAACUUCUGGUACAUGUCAAGUGCCGUAUACCCCAGCAGCACCAAUCAUGCCUGAUCACUAGUACAACCGCAGUAUACAAUAAUCAUGACUAGAAAAUUUUAAGAAUUCAUAACAGCAGCGCCAAAGUUCCAUUGAGUUGAGCUGGGAGGUGACUAAAAGAGGAAGAAAAGAAAGGUGUGUUCAUUGUAGCAACCCUCACGGCCAACCGACAGCACUCACGGCACCUGCGGUUAUGCGGGAUGACAAGGAUGCCGGUGCCCGCGGCUCCCCACUCCGCGCAUGCGUUGCGCUGCAGGCAAUUGUUGCUCCUCUCCGCUCCAGCUUGCAGUCGGCCUCUGGCCGGGGCCGGGAUGAGGGCGGCGGGGCGGGGCGGCCCGCGUGCGCUGUCGCUGUCCGCGGUGCUGUCCGCGGCGUGCGCGGAGCGCAGCGCCGACGAGCCCAGCAACAUGGCCUACGUGAAGGAGACAGUGGACAGGCUGCUGCACGGCUACGACAUCCGUCUCAGGUCCGACUUCGGAGGUCCGCCCGUCGACGUGGGCAUGCGGAUCGAGAUCGCCAGCAUCGACGUGGUGUCGGAAGUCAACAUGAACUACACCCUUACCAUGUACUUCCAGCAGUCCUGGAGGGACAAAAGGCACUCUUAUUCCGGAAUACCUCUGAACCUGACGCUGGACAACAGAGUAGCUGACCAGCUCUGGGUGCUUGACACAUAUUUCCAAAAUGACAAGAAGUCCUUCAUCCAUGUGGUGAUGGUGAGAAACCAAAUGAUUCGGCUCCAUCCAGAUGGGACAGUCCUUUAUGGCCUCCGGAUCACAACAACAGCUGCUUGCAUGAUGAAUCUACGCAGAUAUCCUCUGGAUGAACAAAACUGCACACAAGAAAUUGAAAGUUAUGGAUACACCACUGAUGAUAUUGAAUUUUACUGGAUCGGAGGAGAUUCUGCAGUAACUGGAGUUAGUGACAUUGAGAUCCCACAAUUUUCUAUCAUUGAUUACAAGACGGUAUCAAAGAGAGGGGAGUUCACAACAGGAGCAUAUCCUCGGUUAUCGCUUAGCUUCCAGCUUAAGAGAAAUAUUGGUUACUUCAUUCUGCAAACAUAUAUGCCUUCCACGUUGAUCACAGUUCUGUCAUGGGUAUCUUUUUGGAUCAAUUAUGAUGUCUCUGCAGCCAGAGUUGUGCUAGGAAUCACAACUGUGCUGACCAUGACAACCAUCAGCACCCACUUCAGGGAGACAUUGCCAAAGAUUCCCUACGUCAAGGCAAUCGAUAUUUACCUGAUGGGAUGCUUUGUGUUCUUGUUUCUGGCCUUGCUGAAAUAUGCUUUUGUAAACUAUAUAUUCUUUGGGAAAGGACCCCAAAGUAAAAAGGCAACAGGAGGGGCAGGACAUGCAACAGGCGAGAAGAGCAGACUGGAAACACAUAGAGUCCACGUUGAACCCCACAGAAACAUGCUGCUUAGCCCACUCAACGUAAGAAAUGAUGUCAGCAGCUCAGACAUGCUCUUGAGCCGCCAUGAUGCCCAAGGCCCCAUGUACACUUCUGAGAGCGCUGGCCUGCAGCACAGAAGGGCCACCUCUGGCAGGGACUUCUACAGCAGGGGCGCACUGGACAAGCAUAGGCUUCAUCAGAAAGGGCACAUGUGAAGGAAAGCAUCCCAGAUCAGAGUCAAGAUAGUGGACUUGACUGAUGUCAUCUCCUUAGACAAGUGGUCCAGGAUGGUCUUUUCCAUCACAUUUAUUCUUUUCAAUGUUGUUUACUGGCUGUAUUAUGUACACUAA